GUCAGCUGGUUGUUAUAGUAACAGACGUCAGCAGUUUAGCCGCAGUGUGCGCAAUGGAGUUAAUGUUUAAUAAAUACACAUAAAAGCGUCCACUUAACACAAACAGCUCAGAUGACGUCACGAGAUUGGAGAUGAACACGUUGAGCUGACACACACACAGUGAGAGAUGCCAGCGGUCAGAUCACAGAAAGUCCAGUCUGAGUCUUCAUCUGAAGAAGAUGAGCUCGAGUCACAUCCGUGUAUCGGCUGGAGUGGCGUCAGCAGACGGAUUCCUGUACUGCUGUUCUGUGCCGAAGCCAUCGUGACCAAAGAUGUGAACAUCUGCUCUGUCGGAGAGGAAUAUAAACUGGCCUUUAAGAUUGUGCGUACGGAGAGUCGUCUUGUGCGUGGAAUGUUAGUCAAUCAUGGAUUUCAUGAGGUGCAUCCAAACAGCACUGAUUUUAAUCUGAUGUGGACGGGCUCACACCUCAAGCCUCACCUUCUGCACAGUCUACAGGACUUCCAGAAAGUCAAUCACUUUCCCAGAUCGUACGAGCUGACCCGGAAAGAUCGUCUCUACAAAAACAUCCAGAGGAUGCAGCAAACCCACGGCUUUCACAACUUUCACAUCGUACCACAGACCUUCCUUCUUCCGGCCGAGUAUCAAGAGUUCAGCAGCUCCUUCAGUAAAGAAAAGGGUCCGUGGAUCAUCAAACCUGUGGCGUCCUCCAGGGGUCGAGGCAUCUACCUGAUCAGCAGUUUGAGUCAGAUCCCGCUGGAUGAGAAUAUUCUGGUGUCGCGGUACAUCAGUAAUCCGCUGCUGAUCGACGAUUUUAAGUUUGAUGUGCGUCUGUACGUGCUGGUGACCUCAUACGACCCGCUGAUUGUUUAUCUGUAUGAGGAGGGUCUUGCCAGGUUUGCCACAGUGAAGUAUGACCAUGCCACAGCAAACAUUAAGAACCAGUUCAUGCAUUUGACCAACUACAGCGUCAACAAGAAGAGCAGAGACUAUGUUAGCUGCGAUGACCCUGAAGUGGAGGAUUAUGGGAACAAAUGGAGCAUGAGUGCAAUGCUGAGAUAUCUGAAACAGGAGGGCAGAGACACCACAUUGCUGAUGGGACAGAUUGAGGAGCUGAUCAUUAAAGCGGUUCUGAGUGCUGAGAUUCACAUCGCCACAGCGUGUAAGAUGUUCGUCCCUCAUCGGUGGAACUGUUUCGAGCUGUAUGGAUUCGACGUUCUUGUGGAUUCUAACCUCAGACCGUGGCUGUUGGAAGUGAAUCUCUCUCCAUCGUUGGCCUGUGACGCUCCUCUGGAUCUGAAGAUUAAGGCCAGCAUGAUCUCUGAUAUGUUUUCUCUUGUGGGUUUUGUUUGUCAUGAUCCAUCAUCACGACAGUCACGUGCAGACAGAUCUGGAUUCGAUUCAAGAGUGAGAAACUCCAUCCAGAAGCCUCAGAGACCAUCGUCUGUCCACCGGCCCGAGGCUCAGAGAGACAAACAGACAGGCAAACAUGUGGACAGCACAGUGGGCCUGACAGCAGAGGAGGUGAAAGUUCUGAGGAGGGUUCAGGAGGAAUACGAGCGCAGGGGUGGGUUUGUUCGGAUCUUCCCCACCGCAGACACCUGGGAGCUGUACAGUGAUUAUCUGGAAUACAAGACAUCUAUGAAUGCCAUGUUGGCUAAGAAACUUUUCCAUGGAAGAUCUGGUCAAACGGCUUCGUCCUCCAAGUCAAGGAGUAGAGUCGAUGGUAAUGUAGCUGUGGCAGCAUUCUACACUCAUCAUGUGGUCCAAUAUGAAAGAAAACUCCUUACUCUGGAGGCUCGCAAGCAGAAUCGUAAACCCGGACGAGCCCCCAACAGAAGAAGAGAAGAAGGUCCCAAACUUUCUUCGGCACACGUCAGUGAAAAUGAGGAGGGCCUCGAGAGGAGGGCGGAGCUUAACUCAUCUCAUUUACAUACAGCAGACGAGCUCCAUUUACACAACGCUCCCCUGAAACAACACACAAAACCCAAAAUCAAUCUGCUACACAUCCUCCAGCAGGGCUGGAGUCUCAGUAAAGUGCAGGCGCGGAUGGUGUUUUCCUGUUAUCUGCAGCGUGUUCAGCUGCGUCUGCUGACCGAGAGUACACAACACAGAAGCUCAGCGUGGACUCAGAAAGAUCACGAUCAGAUGGAGCUGGUUGUGCGUUUUCUGAAGAGGGCCAGCAGUAAUCUACCGCAGGACGUGUGUAUGAUGGAGAACGGUCAUCAUCUGUCACUGCCGGACCGCCAGCGUCUCCUCUCACAUCAGCUGGGAAACUUCAUCCAGCUCUAUAACCAGGAAACCAUGGAAAUGGUGAGAAGUUUGGAAAAGAUUCCAGAUGAAGAUCACUGCAUCAAUUCCAGUGUUUUACAGGAGUUUAUUCUGGAGGCGAGUGAAGGUGAUCUGGAGGAAGUCCUGUCGUUCUACAGUCAGAAGAACAAGUCUGCCAGUGUGUUUCUGGGCACAGAACAUCACAGUGCAACACUCGGGCAAGGUUUCAUCCAUCAUUCACAUGAAGCUGUUGUGGGUGAUGCCUCUGCUGGUUCAGAGAAUCCAGACACAAUCAUACGGACCCAAAACACAGACGUCAGCCGUGACACUAAACACAAUAGCAGAAAUAAAUCUCACACAAUACAACGUGAACGUAGCAGAAACAAAGACCAUACGGAAGAUGAAACAAGCAAUCUGACUCAAUCAGAAGCUUCACAAGUGACUGGCAGCUGUCAUUCUUUGAGGCGGAACAGAAACACUGAAGAGCAGAGCCCAUCACACACAGCACCUUUAGAAUGUGAGCACAUCGUGAUACAGCACAACCCCCUCCCCCCCUACAUCCGACCCCCCCCAAACCCUCUGAACAACAUCUCCUCCUUCAGCGUCACACCUGAGAGGAUCACAUGGGCUUCAGCCCGCUCUGACUCUACUGACCCGACGACCUCUCGAGCGCAAGAGUCCACCUGUGUGAACACAUCCGUCUCCAGCAGGAGAUUCUCACGACCGUCCUCUGCAGGACAAGUGAAUGAGAAGAUGAAUGUGAGUAAACUGAGGCCGGUUUCUGCUGGUGUUGUGAAAGAAAAGGAGUUUCUGUCGGCUCAGGCUCAGUCGAACCAGCAGGAUAUCGUAUCUGCUCUGCGUAAACUGCUGGAGAAACAAGCGGCUCGACAGUACAGCUCAUCCAAUCACAUCAGUCUCCUCACACAACACUUGACUGGUCUUAAUCUGACCGGUGGACUCUUCAGUAGAGCAGGUUCUGGGGUUCCUGUAAGAGGCUCACAUUUAGACACGACGGCUGAGAGAUCCAGCAUCAGAACUGCAUGUGAAGUCGACUGUGUGUGUGAUGGAGAUGCAGUCAGUGCUCAGUCAGUUGAACAGAAACAGAGGGCGGCCACCAGCAACUAUCAGCUGCAGUUUGCCAUCCAUCAGCUACAGCAACAGAAACUGAGAUCCAGACAACUGCUGAACCAAAGCCGCACUCGCCAACAGGCCGUUCUGACCACACACAACCUCGUACCUGCACCUGCAGAUCCAUCUCGUGCUCCCGUGAGCCCACCGGACGCUCCUCGUGUCGACCACACGAUCAGACGCAGACAGACUGCCGGGAUGCCCAUACUCACCCCCAAACCUCCCAGCGGUUCACCUGCGUGCAGGACCGCCCACUGUCUACACAAGAGAACAUCAGCCGAUCCUCCAGCCAAUCACAACACCUUCAGUGGACAUCAUGUUGUGUAUGACAGUGUUUGUUUAAAGACAGGUCUGUCAAUGUACAGUAAACUGUUCCACACUCAGGGCUUUAACAACAGAUGAACCAAAGACCAACCGUCAGAAUCAGCUGCUUCACAUUACACAUCUACUGAAAGCAUCAGUUCACCUGUUCUCUCUACUUAAACACAUCAUGUGAAUUCAACACACUCCAGAAAUGAUGCGUGCGAUUGUGUCGGAGGUUUCAUCAAUGCUUCUCUUCACUUCAUUCUGAGGUCAAAAACUAAACAGGAGGACUGAAGAAUGAACGACAGCUGACACACAGUCAGAGCUCAUAAACGUGACGUUUACAUGAACUCUUAUUUUUUUAAGUGCCUCUUUCAGAAGUUUACAUGCGUUUAUGUGAACGAUUGUAAUGUUUGGACUAAUGAAGUUCAAUGUUCAGUUAGCGAUCAGGUAGAGUUUACCUUCAUGACAGUUUUCUGUAGCUGUUGUAGAAUAUUUGAGUAACGUUUGGUCCUGGUAACACUUGACACAAAAAUCAACAUGUUUAAAACACAUUUGUUGGUGUUUUGGCUUGUUGUGUUUUCAUGUAGAAUUAAACUUUUUAAAAUUCUACCCAAGUUAUGGCAAAAUGUUAACAUUAAGUAAAACACUUGUCAAAAUGUGUCUAAUCAUUGGAGCUUGUUUAUGAAAUAUGAGCAGAACAAGUUUAGAAUUCUUUCUCUAAACCAAUCAUAAGCAAAUAAAACUUUGGAAAGAAACAUUUGUGUACACAGAUGUACACUGUUUUGGAUAGUUCAUCAAAUAACUUUGGUUUAGCCGUUGAAUUUAUUUCCAGUUGCAUUCAAUUCACACCUGUUAAAUCUGCUCAUGUGUCAUAAAUGAAGCUUAUGAUGGAAAAUGAAGUUGUUCAGUUUAGUUUGUUCUUGUUUUUUAUCCGUCCUGAAUUUACUUGAAUUUCCAAUUUAAUCCGUGACCAAAAAUGAGAAAUGGAACUUGAUCUUUAAAUAACAUUGUAAGUACCUUGUCAUGUUCACUUUUGUGCUACCAGUUGUGUUAGUAAAACUGUUAGAAAAUAUUUCAAGAUGUGAAUUAGUUACAUCUGUGACCUCUGUUUCACCCCAGGAAAAUUAUUAAAACAUAUUUUCUUGCAUCUUGAGUGUUUUUAGCUGUCUGUUGUUGUUUUAUAUUU